CAACCAAAAGAACCCACAAAGAGUAUGGAUUCCAUCCAUCUAUGGCUUUGGAAAAAGAUCCACGUCGUGAAACACGCUGUGUUUGGUUUCCCAGAAGCAGAACCUGCUCUACCGGACCCGUGGUCAAUGACGUCUCCUUUCCAGAAGUGGAAUAUUUACUCCAAAAUAUCAUUUUUGGUAGCUUUAGUUUUCUUCACCCUCUUCAUUGUUCUGCACUGCUGUGGCCGGACUAAAAGUGAAACGAAGGCCAUUUCCAGAAGAACAUCUGCUCCGAGACUGCAAGUCUGGCCUGCCCAAGACCUCCAUCAGUUGGACACCUGGCUAUAUUACUUAUCUCUCCUUCUAGUUGUGUGUUUGUCUAUAUCUAUCCCUUGGGAAUGGGUCCGUCUGUAUCAGAUUGAAGUAGCCAAGAAGACAAGCAUUCUUUCCACGGGUUAUGGAAACAGCUGCCAUAGAGAAGACUUGUCUUUCUGGGGAACAGUGAAGGUUUGGCUCUCCUGGAACUUCUCCUGGAAUAACAACGCCUGUGAAGAUUAUUACAAAGCUCUUCUUGUGGAUCCGUUCUGGGAAGUGACCCCAGUAAUGGCAAUCAGCUCAGUCAUGGGGAGAAUCAUCCUGCACCCCAUGGAAACGAUCAGCCACGUGGUUGGAAGGAGCAUCCGCAAUGUCAUGAAGGAGAUUCCCAGCCAGUGGCAGCCGGUGAUCUUCCUGUUGGUGCCACUCGUCUGCGUCACAGUCUUGGCUGUAGCCUAUUUCAGAAGAAGACAAAAGGCCUUCGUCACUUAUCAGGUGUCUCCUCCGAACACCAGGUCCAAGAGCUUUAAACGUGCCAUUCAGUCUAGGACUUAG